UGUGAUUUAAUGCUUGAUUUUCUGUUUUCAGAUGCAGAAAUAGAAAACAUGCAUUCCAUAUUUAAUACAGCCUUAAAAAAUAGUCUUGAUGCAUUUUGGAAAACACUGGAAGAAGAGAAACAUCUAGAAUUCAAAAACUUUUUUCAAGAAAAUAGACACAAAUUAAAACAUAAAUGCAAUACAGAGUCAACAAUUCAAACAUAUCUUGAAGUCUGUGAAGUUUUAUUAUACACACUUCAUACCAUCAUGCAAGAAAAAAUGACUGAAUUUAAAAAGGGGGAGAAGAGGGAGUUAAAACCAAAUGAGGCCCCUCCCCUAUCUCCUGAUUCCCUGAGCGUGAGUCACCAGAAAACUGUCCUAUCCCUUCUACAGUUUAUUGUAGUACUGGGAGUGUGUCCCCACUUACAACCAGGUGUGGGAAUUCCAAUAGAGAGACGGUCAGAGUACGCUAAAGUGUUGUUAGAAUCCUCAGUGUCAUCUAACUUGUCUGAUGAGGAACACCGUGUGUCGCUCCUUCAGACGCUGUGGGUGUUAGUAACCUGCCUGAAAUCUCCAUCGUUGGCUCAGAUCAUACUGUCUUGUCAUUUUGGAGACAUUUUGGCUGCUUUACUGCAACUAAUUCAUGGAGGAUCUGAGAGGAAAUCUGUAAGCAGGUCCGCCAUUAGGUUUAAAGCAGAUACUGAUCAUAAGGAUGAAUGUGGAGCUUCUGAUGAAGAAAAAGUGAAAUCAGAUGCAGGGAAGUGGACUCCAGCAACUGUUGUUGACAUGAUUACAAAUAAAAAUAAAGCUUCUCUCAGUGACAAAUCAAAAGACAGUUCUGAAGAUCAGCCAAGGUGUUCACUGCAAACUAAAGAGAAAAGUACAAAAUCAGCCAAUACCGAGUCACAUGUGAAUAUUAGAGAUGAUCAAAAGGCAACAGAUGUUGAUUUUGAACAGUAUACCAGAGAUAUUUCUUUUUGUGAGAAUUGCCUCAGUGAUCUUAUGAAGAAAGUUCAUCCAGCCCUGGUCGUCAGGGAACUUUUAAUCUUGCAAGGUGCUCCUGGGCCCAACUUUACUAAAAAGCAAUCAGUGAAUCGUAAAUUUGCACUGUGUCAGUCACCACCCUGGUUGAGAAGAAUUUGUGGCCGAAUGUUAUCUGAUAUUUUAACUGGACCCGAUGGAGUUAUCAACAUUAUAAAGGGAAUGCUGGGAAAUCUACCAGAUGACAGUAAAGCUGGUACCCCUGAUUGGAGGAAGUUUGAUGCCAUUGCUAAGGUGAUAGCUACUUGUCCUUCCCACAUAGAAUCCAUGGAAGAGUAUUAUCAGAAAAUUUCCUCACAGAUCUUGCAGCUGCUUCACCCCAGGGACAGACAGAUAGGGCAGGGUCUGCUCCGUGUGGCCUGUACAACUAUCUCCCUAAUGGCAGCCCAGAAUAUGGUACUUACAGAUAAACAUUUAAUACGGCCGCUGUGUCGACCCCUCAUACUGAUCACUGAGUACAAGGAAAAAGAAACCAGACAAGAUGGCCAUUUUAUCAUUGUGGAUGAAAAAGAAAUCAGAGAGUGUAUUGAGGGACUACACAAGGUAUUUGUUGGAGGUGCAGAUCCCAGCAGCCCCCUGUAUGCCUCAUUACUUCCUGUCUGCCAGCCUCUUUUUGAAAUGUUCUGUUUCACAAGAGGAGGGACUUCACAUCUGAGUUCAUCAUCACAAGAAGUCCUAGUAUCUGUGUUGAAGAAUUUAGAUCCACCACUUUGUUUGUCUGUGUUGAAAUUUCUCCUUCUACAGAACCACACAGAUACGUGUACAAAAUCCAUGAAAGUCAUGAGUCCAGGUCUGAUCUUUGUGGCUGGAGAUCAAGGUGGUGUCCAAAUAGCAACACGACUUCAGAGUGAUACAGGUGAAAGGAACCACAACAGAGUGGUGAGGGCCUUAGUUGACAUUCUUAAACCUCUAAAGCAUACAGGGGUCACAGGGGAUUUCCUCAUCUUCACAUUAAAGGAGCUACAAAGGAUAAUAACAAAUGAAAUAUCCAGUGAGGACAAUACAUUAGCAGGGUCCUCUCCCACUCCUAAUUCCUCAGACUCACAGUGUCUGUUGGACAUUGAGGAGAGACACAAUAGAGAGCUGAGGUCAUGUGAUCAGAAAAUCCUAGUCCUCAAUGUGCUUGCACAGCUGUGUGAAGAUCUAGGACCCAGCUGUAUCAAAAGUCCCUCCCAGACACUCAGUUUUGUGCAGGCCACACUAGAGAGAGCUAUCCAGAUUUGUAGCCAAUCAGAGGAUGAGCUGACUGGAUAUUUUGAGAGUGAGACCCUUUCCAUGGCGAUGGGUCUAUUGACAGCCAUGCUCUCAGGAGCUGUGGAGAUGAGUGAUAAGGAUUGGAGUGAUAUGAGUACUUUGAUGCCACUCCUGGAUGAAGUCAGUAGGGUACAUGCUGACCCCAGUAUACAGGAAAUGGCAUCUGAUCUCAGGAUUGCAAUAGCAACACAUGGAGUAGUGUGGUCAGAGAAACUGAAACAGAAGGCACCACAGAAUAAAGACUCACCAAACUCAGGAAAAAGCAAAACCAAGCCUCUCAUUGAGGAGUUGUCUUCUAGUGAAACUCAGCCACAACAGGUCAACAAAAACACCGAAAACGACAGAAGUAAGACAAAAGCUGGUCAGACAGCAUUGGACCAAGCCAUGGAGGAAAUCUGUGAUCCUCUCAUCCCAGUCAGGGGACACGCUCUGAUUACUAUGUGUAAGCUGAUCAAAAAUAAGGACCCAGAGGCUUUAAAUAAACAGGAAAACCUCCUGAAGAUCUUCCAGGAGAAUCUAACUCACCCAGAUUCCUAUUUGUACCUGGCAGCUGUUAAUGGGCUGGUGGCCAUGGCAGACAUCUUUCCUGACAUUAUCAUUCCUCGUCUGGUCCAGGAAUACAGAGGCAGCUUAACUGAGACUGAUAAGGUCAAAUGUAGCAGGUCAAACGUCAACACGGAGGGAAGACAUGAUGCAGAGACAAGAAUGAAGAUUGGGGAAUGUCUAGUGCAGAGCUCAAGAAAGCUAGGUGAUCUUGCUCCAAAGUACAGAGAUGUACUAGUAUCUGCCUUCCUAAUGGGUGCCAAGGAUCCUGAUCCUCUAAUUAGGGCCAGCAGUAUGUCUAAUUUAGGAGAGGUCUGCUCAGUCCUGAGGUUUAACCUGGGCCCAAUUAUUCAAGAGGUUUUUACAUGCUGCAGUGCUCUGCUAAAGUCAGAUUCUGAUGUGGAAGUUAGGAAGGCCUCAGCCUUGACACUAACACUGAUUUUAAGAGGACUAGGGAAAAGUGUUUUACAGGUGCUGGGGUCAGUGAUAAGGGAUUUGUACCAGCUCCUGAAGCUGACUGAGAGAUCAGAGAAAGACGAGGGGGUACGGAGACAGAUUAUACUGGCUUACAAUGAGUUAGACGACAUCAUGAGGGAGGAGCUAUUUCCAAAGCAAGUUCUACAGAAAAAGAUUCGAGUUCUUGAUGCCGAGUCCUGAUGAAGGAAAAUUAAAUAGGGGUUUUAUCUGUGAAUUUUGUGAGAGACUUGAAUAAGAUGGAGAUGUCAGCAACCAACAAAACUGAUCAUUUCUAUUUAAUAUCAUAAUACCUAUGUUAAUGUAUGUACAUGUAAUUUUAUCAAAUACUAAUUACCGGUACAUGUAUUUUAGAGCACUUUGUACAUGGAGAUGAUGUUAAAUGUCAAUAAAUCUGAACAUUUUGAAAGUAAACAAGUACUUAUAUUUGUUUGAUAGUUAAAAGAUAAUGAAUUUACUAAAUUUAAGCACUGUGAUUGGUUCAAUGUACUAAGAUGUUCUUAUAGAAAUAUUUAAAGACAUUAGAAUUCAGAAAA